AUGAGGCGGCACACUCUCAGCAUUAUCCCUUCUCAGGACCUGCAUGGUAAACCAAUUUUUACGGGAAUCAGCAGUGGUUCGAAAACAUCAUUUGAGGCAUCUAACCCUAGAAAUGAUGUUCAAGAAUCUGCCAGCGUAGUUCAGCGUGGGGUAAACUACCAAGGGCUUACUUUAGAGCAAGAUGUUCAAAAGUCAACUGAUCUAAAGACAUUGAGUAGGCUUGCUCAGAACAGAGAAGCGGCAAGAAAAAACAGGCUUAAGAAAAAGGCUUAUGUUCAAGAUCUGGAGUCCAAAAAAAUAGAGCUGGAUCAGUUAAAGCUGAAAAUUCAAAAUGUUGGAGCACAAGGAAUUUUAUUUGGUGGAAAUGAGAAUGCCGGAGAGCAAGGCCUCCCUUACACCAACAUAAUUCCGGGCGCGGCACAAUUUGAUAUGGAGUACGCGAAAUGGCUGGAGGUGCACCAUUGCCUGACGGUGGAACUGAGGGGCGCGGUCAACGUGUACCGGCCGGAGAGUGAGCUAGGUAACGUCAUCGGCAACUGGUUGGCCCACUGCGACCAGAUCGUCGGCCUCAAGAGCAAGGCCCUCAAGGACGACGUCUUCUCCGGAAUGUGGAAGGCUCCGGCAGAGCGGUGCUUUAUGUGGAUGGGCGGUUUCCGGCCGUCAGUGGUCAUCAAGAUAGCGUUGGAUGAGAUGGAGGGCUUGACGGAGCAGCAACGGGUGGCGCUUUGUGGGCUGCAGCGGUGA